CGUGGCCCACCAGGCUUUAUCAGCCGCUGUCCGGGGCAGCAUGGCUGCUCUUCUCUGCUCCAGGCCUCCGCCGACAUUCGUGAUUAAGUAGCUGCAGCGGCCAGACACGGGAACUCUGUCUCCGGCUGUGACAAUGGCCAGGACUGGUUUCUGCGACUCCAAGCCCCUGCUGGACUUACACAAGAAGGCGGAUGAGAGGCGAGCCCCAUUAAGAACUUGGGCUAAUGCCUGUAUGCCUAUAGAUCGCUGGCAGCCUGUAGAAGUAGAUGAGUCCAGGAUGGCUCCUGUCAAAAUGGAGACAGAACACAGAUGGGAAAGGAGGUUAUCGAAGCAAACAAAUGAAGACAUCAUCAUGGGUUUCCAUGAGGACAGUCAAACACACUCAGAUGCAGAUGGGUGUGUGGAGGCGCCCAUGCUUCUUCACCCUCUCGGUCUACAGGGUCUUCACAGCCUACAGGCACUAGUACCAAGCUUGCUGCGCCAUGAAGUAGAGACGGCACUGGAGAAGCUGGACCUCAUAUGGGACCGGACAUAUGCUUGGGACAUGUUCUUGGAUAUGAUGAGAACUCAGUCACACAACUCUCUUCCCAAUGCUGACCUGCCCCAGCAUUUCACUGAUGUCACCCAUGCUAUCCUGGUAGACUGGCUCAUUCAAGUUCAUGAGAUGAUGCAUUUUCAGGCAGAGACCCUCUAUCUGGCCGUACACCUCCUUUACCGCUCCCUGCGUCAGCUUAAGGUGGCCACAGCCAACCUGCAGCUCCUCGGCAUGGUUUGCCUCUUCCUCGCUGCAAAGAAAGAAGAGUGUCUCCUCCCUGAGGUAUCUGGACUCUGCUACUUGAUGGACCACACCUACACUAAGCAUCAGCUUCUGCGAAUGGAGCGCAAAGUCCUCUGUAGCCUCAAGUUCGAUUUAUCCUACUGUCCCCCUUUGCAUUUCCUUGUUCUCCUGGCUUCCAUUGCUCACUGCAGUACUAAGGCGGUAUGGAUGGCUCGGUAUCUACUCGAGCUGUCUCUCCUGGAAGCCCAGUGUGUGGUGUUUCUACCGGUGCAGCUGGCAGGAGCGGCCCUCUGCUUGUCCCGCCAAGUUCUCCAGGAGCCACCAACACCAGAAGGGGAAGCGGCCUGGUGUCUGGCCUCCAGCCUUCACGUCGGCAGUGAAACAGCACUGCUGAGGAUCAUGCAGAUUCUGGCCAGUGCUGCAGCCAAGGCCCACACCCGAGAGACUUGUGCUACUUUUAUUAAAUUCUCCUCUCCAGAAACCAUGCAUGUCAGCAGACACCCAGGUCUAAAGAAUGCCCCCAGUCUGCUGGGCAUAUGCACUUGACAUGCCUAACUCCCAGUAAAAUGAAUUAUAAUCCAGAGUUUACGUUGGAGAUACCAGACCAGUAUCACCUGAGGACUUUAUCCCUGUAACACUGUAUGUUCUUUGCUAUGGAUCCUGAGGAGUUACAAUGGAAAUGGGUGAGGAAGAAGUGUGCAAAAAAAACAAGCAAAACCUUGUUUGACAAGAUUUGUGAUUUGGCCAACCCAGUGGCACACCUGUUUUAUCUUAUCAUGCAGCUGAUUUAGAAAAUAUUUGAAUUGUAUUGAUGUGCCUUUUUUGUCUUGCCACUUGUGAAGAGAGUUGUCUGUCUAGUUAUUUCUAAACUUUUAAUGUAAAAAUAAAGUGUCUGCUGCAA